AUGGAUUUUUCACUAUCAACAAGCAUUUUUCAAAGAUCUUUUUGUGUCGGGAUCUUUCUCUUUACUUUGACAAUUUCUUUGCAUUCAGUAGAAUCUACAGUAAUAGUGAAUGUGACAACAGGAGGUUAUAAGCUUGGAUUGGAAGUUCCAAAUGCUGAAGUUUAUGAAGAAUUACAAAUAAAAUCGUCUGAUUUUCCAAAGGAUUUUAUGUUUGGUGCUGCUACUUCUGCAGGACAGAUUGAAGGCUCACCAAAUAAAGAUGGGAAAGGGCAAAGUGUUUGGGAAUACCAAGCUAUAAAAUUCCCAGAUAGAGUUGCAAAUAGUAGCAAAUUUCUUCAAGGGAUUGACUCAUAUAAAAAAUACAAGGAAGAUGUGAAUCUUGUGAAAAAACUUGGAGUCAAUUCUUACAGAUUAUCUCUUGCUUGGACUAGAAUUCUUCCAAAUGGGACAUUAAGUGGUGGAGUAAAUCAAAAGGGUGUUGAUCACUACAAUAAAUUGAUAAACAUGUUACUCAAAAAGGGGAUAAAACCAUUCGUGACUAUCUUCCACUUUGACUUACCACAAUCUCUAGAAGAAAAAUACGGAGGAUACUUGAGCCACUCUUUUGUGGAAGAUCUAAAAGAUUAUAGUGAUUUUUGUUUCAAAACAUUUGGAGAUAGAGUUAAACAUUGGGUAACCAUAAAUGAGCCAAAAAUUCUUUCCCUAUUUGGGUAUGAAAAUGGUUGGGCACCACCCGGAAGGUGUUCUCUCCCAAACAUGGGAUGUUCACGUGGUGGUAAUUCAUCUACAGAACCAUACAUUGCAGCACAUAAUCUUAUUCUUGCACACGCUGCUGUAUAUAAACUUUAUAAGGAGAAGUACCAGGAGAAACAAGAAGGAGAAGUUGGCAUUGCUCUUAAUAUAAACUACUAUGAACCUUAUGAUUCAGAAUCAAUGGAAGAUCGAGCAGCUGCAAAUAGACUCUUAGACUUUCAUUUGGGAUGGUUUGCGGAGCCAUUAGUUUUUGGAGAUUAUCCAAAAAGUAUGAGAGAAUUGGUGAAGGAGAGGCUUCCUAAAUUUUCUGAGAAACAAAAAGUUAUGCUUAAAGGUGCUCAUGAUUUUCUUGGGAUCAAUUAUUAUCUAUCAAGUUAUGCUCAAAGUGCACCAAAUUCUCAAUUAAGUCCUUUUUUAUAUUAAUAAAUGCAGGAAACUGGGGGUUAUCCAAAUGGGCUACAAAAAUUGCUGGAGUUUGUGAAGGAAAAAUAUCAGGACCCUAAGAUCUACAUAUGUGAAAAUGGGGUUAAAGAGAACGAGGAUUCACGACCACUUGAAGAAUCAUUAAACGAUCUAUAUCGAAUUACUUUUCUUCUUCGACAUUUAAAUGCUGUGAACAAAGCUAGAAAUGCAAGUCUUUUGCCUGAUGAGCGUGAGGCCUUAAAAGCCUCUCCAGGCUACAUUUAUUCUUCUAAGGACUCACCUAUAAAAGCUUCCACAAUAUAUUCAACCCAAUUCCUUGGCCUCAACUCCAACUUUGGUGCAUGGCCAGUUUCAAAGUAUGGCGAAGAUGUCAUUAUUGGGUUUGUGGACUCUGGGAUUUGGCUUGAAAGCAAAAGCUUCAACGAUAAUGGGAUGUCCGGGAUCCCAUCAAGAUGGAAUGGAAAGGAGAGUGCGAAAAUGGUACCCAAUUCAACUCCUCAUUGUGCAAUAAGAAACUUGUCAGGGCUUGGUUCCUUAAGAAGGGCUUAUAUAAGAUGA